AUGACAGAAGUGAAAGGAACUCCCAUCAUUAAAGGUUCACGAACAAUGCAAAUAACUGGUUUAUAUAAAGGACGGGCAAUUAUUAUAAAAGACUCUUACAGUGUUAUAAAUAAGAAACUUAAACUAUUUCCUGCUAUGUUUAACUUACAAACAGGACCGAAAGAAGUAUUUCCAUACAACUACUACAGCAGUACUUUGUUAGCAAAUGACAACAGAACUGGUGUCAUUUCUGAAGCAUGUAAGUUUGUCAAGGAUGCAGAUACAUUCAUGAAGAACAUAGAUUCCAUCAAAGGUUGCAGAAUAGAUGAGAACCACUUCGACUUAGAAAAAUAUAGCACGUUUUACUGCAAACAAGAUGUAAGAAUUUUAAGAGAAGGUUUUGUAAAGUUCCGCAAUGACUUAUUGAAAGAGUUUGAUUUAAACGUUUAUGACUACGUUAGUAUUUGUUCUAUUGCUAACAAAUUGUUUGAGAACAGAGUAUACUUCCCGAAUGGAAAUCUUUAUGACCUCUCAAAUAAACCAAGAGAAUUUAUUUCGAGAUGCAUUCAACGUGGAAGAUGUAUGUUGUCAGAUAACAUGAAACAAAAGAGCGAAAAGAAACUCAUUGCUGACUUCGACGCUGUUUCAUUAUAUCCAUCCGCUAUAGCAAGACUUUAUACUUUAGAAGGAAUUCCAAAAGUAUUGAAGGAUGAGAUGUUAAGCACAGAGUAUCUCAUGAGACAUUUAUUCGAUGACGACCAAAAGGAACCCAUUGGUGAAAAGUUUAUGUCAGGCUUCUUUGUUCUCAUUAAGAUAACAGAGAUUGGAAUACAUAGACACUUUCCUUUAAUAGUUUGUGA